GUUUAGCAGAAUGUGAGUUCAGUUAAAAUAGAAGACGGAGUACUGAGAGGCGCAGAAGGAGAGAGAGUAAGCUUAUUGGGUAAAGCAGUAACAAAACCAGGAGAACAAGUAUCCCAGGCGAAUGGACUCAAUGGAGAAAUAUACAGUACAAAGAGCAGUUUGUCACUAAACCAUCUCUCCAGGACUUUCCAUUCUGUUCAUGCCGGUUUAAAUAGCAGCUACCCUGCACGGGUCUAGCUUCACUUUCUUCUGGUUUUGCAUUUUUUGUUGCUAAGGGUGAGGCAAAGGUGGGGAUAUAUGAUGAAGUUUAAGCCUAACCAGACAAGGACUUACGACGGGGAGGGUUAUAAGAAGCGAGCGGCAUGUUUGUGUUUCAAGAACGAACGGGAGGACGAGGUUUUGCUGGUUAGCAGUAGUCGGCACCCAGACCAGUGGAUUGUGCCAGGUGGGGGCAUGGAGCCCGAGGAGGAGCCUGGUGGUGCUGCAGUCAGGGAAGUUUAUGAAGAGGCUGGCGUGAAAGGCAAGUUAGGAAGGCUUCUGGGAGUUUUUGAACAGAACCAAGACAGGAAGCACAGAACAUACGUGUACGUUCUCACAGUAACAGAAACCCUAGAAGACUGGGAGGAUUCUGUUAAUAUAGGGAGAAAGAGAGAAUGGUUUAAAAUAGAAGAUGCCAUUAAAGUUCUACAGUGUCACAAACCGGUCCAUGCGGAAUACUUGGAAAAACUGAAACUGGGCUGCUCUCCCACCAACGGCAACUCUGUGGUUCCCACCCUUCCUGACAACAACUCCACUCUUUAUGUCACCUCAUCACAGACUCCUGGAAAGCCUUCCACUGUGAGAUAAAAGGACAGUCACAGCCUAUCUCACACUGGAGAGGGGACACUGUACUCACAGGAGAGUAGGGAAAUCUGACCCAGGAUUCUCAUGUAAAAUGUAUCCAUAAAACAAAUACAUUUGCAUGAACUCUUGCAGUGUUGAUACUAGUGUUUUUUUUUUUUUUUUUUUUUUUUUUUUUUUUUAAAUAUAAUUUGUAAAAUAGUAUUUCAACAAACCAAAGCCAUACCUGGAAUUUUGUUAACAAUGUUUUGUUAAGGAUGCCUUAAUUGGCCUUUUUUUAACUGUGCUUUUUGGGUUUUGUGUUUUUUGUUUUUUGUUGUUUUUUUAAACAGUCCUAUACAUUACAUGAAAGGGUAUUUGAUUCAAAACCUCUUUUUUAAAUUAUACUUGAAAUUAACAAAUGCUGUGUUCAUGAACUUGGAGAUUUGCAGACACUGUUGUAAUCAUAUUGGGGGAAUAAUAUACACUGGCGAUUUGGUAAGAAAACUAAACAGGCCCUUAAAAAAAAGUUUCAGAGAUGUUGCUAAAUUCAAUAAAUUUAUUGUCCUAUCUCAACAAUUGACACAUUUGGAUAUAUUAAGUUUGUCUGCUAAAAAGCUAAAUCUGUCAGACUAGCAUUGGGAACUUUAAUCGUAUUUAAUUCUGGAUAAUGCAUGGAGCUGGAUAUGGGUGUAUUCUAAUAAUCUAAACAGUGGCAGAUUUUAAUACCUUUACCCUAAAAUGUACAAACUUUUUCGAGGACCUCCUUUCACUGUAUUUGUAUUGUAUGUAGUAAUGUUAAUAAAGCGCCGGCAGAGUAAAAACUCAUCUGUAUUUAGAUCUGCUGCUGCUGCUGCUUACAUCAGUAAAAUAGACCCUAACCUUGUCAAUUCUGAGUACUCCAAAGCUACCUCAGUAUUUUAACAAAAUUACCGUUCUCCAUGUAAAUGUCUGACCCAGAUAAUAAUCACAAAACAGCACAGCUAGACAGACUGCUACCCAUACCAACACGAGGCAGACUGUAAUAGUAUGUUCCAGAACAAACCAAAAAUCAAAUACUGAUGUAGUUAAUAAAACCGUAUUACUUCAAUUUGGCGCCGCCCUCGUAUUAAAGACUCCCUCGUAUUAACGCCAGUUAUGUCAGCUUUAUAAUAGAGGCCGCUCUCGAAUAAACGCCGCUGUCAGUAAAGAAACAUUAAGGGAUUUCUUUUCUCC